UUUGGACGAUGUCACUGAAAUUCAAGUCAUAUUUUGCACGUUGCAGAGGACGCCUGAGAAUAUGUCUCUCUUUCUCCGCUCCAGUGGUCUCACAGUCUCCUUCAUUUCUUGUGUAUCUAUAUCCUCCUCAUCUUCUUCGUCUUCAAGUGGUUUACUGUCUAUGGCCGUAACCGCUGAUCCGUUUUCUAGGUUCUUCUUGAAACCCACUAACUUGCCACCAAACUCUUCCAUUGGACAUUUUGUUCUUCUCCCCAUUGCUGCAAACGAAAGGGGUGCAUUGGGUUUUAACGCAUCUUCUGAUAUUCCUGAUGAUGGUGAUAGUCUGUCAGAAAGUGAUGAAGAUGUUCCUAUGAACGAGUUUCCAUUGGAUGCAAAGCUGCAGAACAAGCUGGAAAAGAAGUUGAAAAUGAAAGUUGCAAAGAAUAUAAGGCUCAGAAGAAAGAAGCUUGUUCACAAGCGGAGGUUGAGGAAAAAGGGUCGAUGGCCACCUUCAAAGAUGAAGAAAUUGAGCAAUGUUUGACCUAUGCUUUGUUUGGUACCUUUCAGCUAGUUGUGUGACAUUUCAGAACAGAAGAGCGUGCCAUGCAGUGGCAGUGCCGAUACUGACAUAUAGUUCUACGUGUACAGCAAGAACUUCUCUUUUGCAAAGCAAGCUUUUGGGUGGGUAAAAUUGGUAAAGAAAAGUUGCAGGGAAAACUUUAUUAUUCUGC